AUGUGCUGGAAGAUCAGCGGGCGCUCUUCAUUCGCGAGCGCCGAUGACCCCGCUUUCCAUCACCCCGCCCCAUUCUCCCGCUUUCCACCACCCCGCCCCAUUCUCCCGCUUUCCAUCACCCCGCCCCAUUCUCCCUCCUUCCAUCAUCCCGCCCCAUGCUCCCUCCUUCCAUCACCCCGCCCCAUUCUCCCGCUUUUCAUCACCCCGCCCCAUUCUCCCGCUUUCCAUCACCCCUCCCCAUUCUCCCGCUUUCCAUCACCCCGCCCCAAUCUCCCGCUUUCCAUCACCCCGCCCCACUCUCCCGUUUUCCAUCACCCCGGCCCAUUCUCCCGCUUUCCAUCAUCCCGCCCCAUUCUCCCGCUUACCAUCACCCCGCCCCAUUCUCCCGAUUUCCAUCACCCCGCCCCAUUCUCCCGCUUUCCAUCCCCAUUCUCCCGCUUUCCAUCACCCCGCCCCAUUCUCCCGCUUUCCAUCACCCCGCCCCAUUCUCCCGCUUUCCAUCACCCAACCCCAUUUUCCCGCUUUUCAUCACCCCGCCCCAUUCUCCCGCUUUCCAUCACCCCGCCCCAUUCUCCUGCUUUCCAUCACCCCGCCCUAUUCUCCCUCCUUCCAUCACCCCGCCCCAUUCUCCCGCUUUCGAUCACCCCGCCCCAUUCUCCCGCUUUCCAUCACUCCGCCCCAUUCUCCCGCUUUCCAUCACCCCGCCCCAUUCUCCCGCUUUCCAUCACCCCGCCCCAUUUUCCCGCUUUCCAUCACCCCGCCCCAUUCUCCCGCUUUGCAUCACCCCGCCCCAUUCUGCCGCUUUCCAUCACCCCGCCCCAUUUUCCCACUUUCCAUCACCCCGCCCCAUUCUCCCGCUUUCCAUCACCCCGCCCCAUUCUCCCGCUUUCCAUCACCCGGCCCAUUCUCCCGCUUUCCAUCACCCUGGCCCAUUCUCCCGCUUUCCAUCAUCCCGCCCCAUUCUCCCGCUUACCAUCACCCCGCCCCAUUCUCCCGAUUUCCAUCACCCCGCCCAUUCUCCCGCUUUCCAUCCCCAUUCUCCUGCUUUCCUUCACCCCGCCCCAUUCUCCCGCUUUCCAUCACCCCGCCCAAUUCUCCCGCUUUCCAUCACCCCGCCCCAUUUUCCCGCUUUUCAUCACCCCGCCCCAUUCUCCCGCUUUCCAUCACCCCGCCCCAUUCUCCUGCUUUCCAUCACCCCGCCCUAUUCUCCCUCCUUCCAUCACCCCGCCCCAUUCUCCCGCUUUCGAUCACCCCGCCCCAUUCUCCCGCUUUCCAUCACUCCGCCCCAUUCUCCCGCUUUCCAUCACCCCGCCCCAUUCUCCCGCUUUCCAUCACCCCGCCCCGUUCUCCCGCUUUCCAUCACCCCGCCCCAUUCUCCCGCUUUCCAUCACCCCGCCCCAUUCUCCCGCUUUCCAUCUACCCGCCCCAUUCUCCCGCUUUCCAUCACCCCGCCCCAUUCUCCCGCUUUCCAUCACCCCGCCCCAUUCUCCCGCUUUCCAUCACCCCGCCCCAUUCUCCCGCUUUCCAUCACCCCGCCCCAUUCUCCCGCUUUCCAUCACCCCGCCCCAUUCUCUCGCUUUCCAUCACCCCGGCCCAUUCUCCCGCUUUCCAUCAUCCCGCCCCAUUCGCCCGCUUACCAUCACCCCGCCCCAUUCUCCCGAUUUCCAUCACCCCGCCCCAUUCUCCCGCUUUCCAUCCCCAUUCUCCCGCUUUCCAUCACCCCGCCCCAUUCUUACUCCAUCCAUCACCCCGCCCCAUUCUCCCGCUUUCCAUCACCCAACCCCAUUUUCCCGCUUUUCAUCACCCCGCCCCAUUCUCCCGCUUUCCAUCACCCCGCCCCAUUCUCCUGCUUUCCAUCACCCCGCCCUAUUCUCCCUCCUUCCAUCACCCCGCCCCAUUCUCCCGCUUUUGAUCACCCCGCCCCAUUCUCCCGCUUUCCAUCACUCCGCCCCAUUCUCCCGCUUUCCAUCACCCCGCCCCAUUCUCCCGCUUUCCAUCACCCCGCCCCAUUUUCCCGCUUUCCAUCACCCCGCCCCAUUCUCCCGCUUUGCAUCACCCCGCCCCAUUCUGCCGCUUUCCAUCACCCCGCCCCAUUUUCCCACUUUCCAUCACCCCGCCCCAUUCUCCCGCUUUCCAUCACCCCGCCCCAUUCUCCCGCUUUCCAUCACCCGGCCCAUUCUCCCGCUUUCCAUCACCCUGGCCCAUUCUCCCGCUUUCCAUCAUCCCGCCCCAUUCUCCCGCUUACCAUCACCCCGCCCCAUUCUCCCGAUUUCCAUCACCCAGCCCAUUCUCCCGCUUUCCAUCCCCAUUCUCCUGCUUUCCAUCACCCCACCCCAUUCUCCCGCUUUCCAUCACCCCGCCCCAUUCUCCCGCUUUCCAUCACCCCGCCCCAUUUUCCCGCUUUUCAUCACCCCGCCCCAUUCUCCCGCUUUCCAUCACCCCGCCCCAUUCUCCUGGUUUCCAUCACCCCGCCCUAUUCUCCCUCCUUCCAUCACCCCGCCCCAUUCUCCCGCUUUCGAUCACCCCGCCCCAUUCUCCCGCUUUCCAUCACUCCGCCCCAUUCUCCCGCUUUCCAUCACCCCGACCCAUUCUCCCGCUUUCCAUCACCCCGCCCCAUUCUCCCGCUUUCCAUCACCCCGCCCCAUUCUCCCGCUUUCCAUCACCCCGCCCCAUUCUCCCGCUUUUCAUCACCCCGCCCCAUUCUCCCGCUUUCCAUCACCCCGCCCCAUUCUCCCGCUUUCCAUCACCCCGCCCCAUUCUCCCGCUUUCCAUCACCCCGCCCCAUUCUCCCGCUUUCCAUCACCCCGCCCCAUUCUCCCGCUUUCCAUCACCCCGCCCCAUUCUCUCGCUUUCCAUCACCCCGCCCCAUUCUCCCUCCUUCCAUCACCCCGCACCAUUCUCCCUCCUUCCAUCACCCCGCCCCAUUCUCCCUCCUUCCAUCACCCCGCCCCAUUCUCCCUCCUUCCAUCACCCCGCCCCAUUCUCCCGCUUUCCAUCACCCCGCCCCAUUCUCCCGAUUUCCAUCAACCCGCCCCAUUCUCCCGCUUUCCAUCAUCCCGCCCCAUUCUCCCGCUUUCCAUCACCCCGCCCCAUUCCUGCUUUCCCCCCGUUCUCCCGCUUUCCAUCACCCCGCCCCGUUCUCCCGCUUUCCAUCACCCCGCCCCGUUCUCCCGCUUUCCAUCACCCCGCCCCAUUCUCCCGCUUUCCAUCACCCGACCCCAUUCUCCCGCUUUCCAUCACCCCGCCCUAUUCUCCCGCUUUCCAUCACCCCGCCCCAUUCUCCCGCUUUCCAUCAACCCGCCCCAUUCUCCCUCCUUCUAUCACCCCGCACCAUUCUUCCUCCGUCCAUCACCCCGCCCCAUUCUCCCUCCUUCCAUCACCCCGCCCCAUUCUCCCUCCUUCCAUCACCCCGCCCCAUUCUCCCGCAUUCCAUCAUCCCGCCCCAUUCUCCCGCUUUCCAUCACCCCGCCCCAUUCCCGCUUUCCAUCACCCCGGCCCAUUCUCCCGAUUUCCAUCACCCCGCCCCAUUCUCCCGCUUUCCAUCACCCCGCCCCAUUCUCCCGCUUCCACCACCCCGCCCCAUUCUCCCUCCUUCCAUCACCCCGCCCUAUUCUCCCUCCUUUCAUCACCCGGCCCCGUUCUCCCGCUUUCCAUCACCCCGCCCCGUUCUCCCGCUUUCCAUCAACCCGCCCCGUUCUCCCGCUUUCCAUCACCCUGCCUCAUUCUCCCGCUUUCCAUCACCCCGACCCAUUCUCCCUCCUUCCAUCACCCCGCCCCAUUCUCCCUCCUUCCAUCACCCCGCCCCAUUCUCCCGCUUUCCAUCACCUUGCCCCAUUCUCCCGCUUUCCAUCACCCCGCCCCAUUCUCCCGCUUUCCAUCACCCCGCCCCAUUCUCUCGCUUUCCAUCACCCCGCCCCAUUCUCCCGCUUUCCAUCACCCCGCCCCAUUCUCCCGCUUUCCAUCACCCCGCCCCAUUCUCCCGCUUUCCAUCACCCCGCCCCAUUGUCCCGCUUUCCAUCACCCCGCCCCAAUCUCCCGCUUUCCAUCACCCGGCCCCAUUCUCCCGCUUUCCAUCACCCCGGCCCAUUCUCCCGCUUUCCAUCACCCCACCCCAUUCUCCCGCUUUCCAUCACCCCGCCGCAUUGUCCCGCUUUCUAUCACCCCGCCCCAUUCUCCCGAUUUCCAUCCCCAUUCUCCCGCUUUCCAUCCCCAUUCUCCCGCUUUCCAUCCCCAUUCUCCCGCUUUCCAUCACCCCGCCCCAAUCUCCCGCUUUCCAUCACCCGGCCCCAUUCUCCCGCUUUCCAUCACCCCGGCCCAUUCUCCCGCUUUCCAUCACCCCACCCCAUUCUCCCGCUUUCCAUCACCCCGCCGCAUUGUCCCGCUUUCUAUCACCCCGCCCCAUUCUCCCGAUUUCCAUCCCCAUUCUCCCGCUUUCCAUCCCCAUUCUCCCGCUUUCCAUCCCCAUUCUCCCGCUUUCCAUCACCCCGCCCCAUUCUCCCGCUUUCCAUCACCCCGCCCCAUUCUCCCGCUUUCCAUCACCCCGCCCCAUUCUCCCGCUUUCCACCACCCCGCCCCAUUUUCCCGCUUUUCCAUUCUCCCGCUUUCCAUCACCCCGCCCUAUUCUCCCUCCUUCCAUCACCCCGCCCCAUUCUCCCGCUUUCCAUCACCCCACCCCAUUCUCCCGCUUUCCAUCACCCCGCCCCAUUCUCUCGCUUUCCAUCACCCCGCCCCAUUCUCCCGCUUUCCAUCACCCCGCCCCAUUCUCCCGCUUUUCAUCACCCCGCCCCAUUCUCCCGCUUUACAUCACCCCGCCCCAUUCUCCCGCUUUCCAUCAACCCGCCCCAUUCUCCCGCUUUCCAUCACCCCGCCCCAUUCUCCCUCCUUCCAUCACCCCGCCCCAUUCUCCCGCUUUCCAUCACCCCACCCCAUUCUCCCGAUUUCGAUCACCCCGCCCCAUUCCCCCGCUUUCCGUCACCCCGCCCCAUUCUCCCGCUUUCCAUCACCCCGCCCAAAUCUCCCGCUUUCCAUCACCCCACCCCAUUCUCCCGCUUUCCAUCACCCCGCCCUAUUCUCCCUCCUUCCAUCACCUCGCCCCAUUCUCCCGCUUUCCAUCAUCCCGCCCCAUUCUCCCGCUUUCCAUCACCCCUCCCCAUUCUCCCACUUUCCAUCACCCCGCCCCAUUCUCCCGCUGUCCAUCACCCCGCCCCAUUCUCCCGCUUUCCAUCACCCCGCCCCAUUCUCCCGUUUUUUAUCACCCCGCCCCAUUCUCCCGCUUUCCAUCACCCCGCCCCAAUCUCCCGCUUUCCACCACCCCGCCACAUUCUCCCGUUUUCCAUCACCCCGGCCCAUUCUCCCGCUUUCCAUGACCCCGCCCCAUUCUCCCGCUUUCCAUCACCCCGCCCCAUUCUCCCGCUUUCUAUCACCCCGCCCCUUUCUCCCGCUUUCUAUCCCCAUUCUCCCGCUUUCCAUCAUCCCGCCCCAUUCUCCCGCUUUGCAUCACCCCGCCCCAUUUUCCUGCUUUCCAUCACCCCGCCCCAUUCUCCCGCUUUCUAUCAUCCCGCCCCAUUCUCCCGCUUUCCAUCACCCCGCCCCAUUCUCCCGCUUUCCAUCACCCCGCCCCAUUCUCCCUCCUUCCAUCACCCCGCCCCAUUCUCCCUCCUUCCAUCACCCCGCCCCAUUCUCCCUCCUUCCAUCACCCCGCCCCAUUCUCCCGCUUUUCAUCAUCCCGCCCCAUUCUCCCGCUUUCCAUCACCCCGCCCCAUUUUCCUGCUUUCCAUCACCCCGCCCCAUUCUCCCGCUUUCUAUCAUCCCGCCCCAUUCUCCCGCUUUCCAUCACCCCGCCCCAUUCUCCCGCUUUCCAUCACCCCGCCCCAUUCUCCCUCCUUCCAUCACCCCGCCCCAUUCUCCCUCCUUCCAUCACCCCGCCCCAUUCUCCCUCCUUCCAUCACCCAGCCUCGUUCUCCCGCUUUCCAUCACCCCGCCCCGUUCUCCCGCUUUCCAUCACCCCGCCCCGUUCUCCCGCUUUCCAUCACCCCGCCCCAUUCUCCCGCUUUCCAUCACCCGGCCCCAUUCUCCCGCUUUCCAUCACCCCGCCCUAUUCUCCCGCUUUCCAUCACCCCGCCCCAUUCUCCCGCUUUCCAUCACCCCGCCCCAUUCUCCCUCCUUCUAUCACCCCACACCAUUCUUCCUCCGUCCAUCACCCCGCCCCAUUCUCCCUCCUUCCAUCACCCCGCCCCAUUCUCCCUCCUUCCAUCAUCCCGCCCCAUUCUCCCGCUUUCCAUCACCCCACCCCAUUCUCCCGAUUUCCAUCAACCCGCCCCAUUCUCCCGCAUUCCAUCAUCCCGCCCCAUUCUCCCGCUUUCCAUCACCCCGCCCCAUUCCCGCUUUCCAUCACCCCGGCCCAUUCUCCCGAUUUCCAUCACCCCGCCCCAUUCUCCCGCUUUCCAUCACCCCGCCCCAUUCUCCCGCUUCCACCACCCCGCCCCAUUCUCCCUCCUUCCAUCACCCCGCCCUAUUCUCCCUCCUUUCAUCACCCGGCCCCGUUCUCCCGCUUUCCAUCACCCCGCCCCGUUCUCCCGCUUUCCAUCAACCCGCCCCGUUCUCCCGCUUUCCAUCACCCCGCCUCAUUCUCCCGCUUUCCAUCACCCCGCCCCAUUCUCCCUCCUUCCAUCACCCCGCCCCAUUCUCCCUCCUUCCAUCACCCCGCCCCAUUCUCCCGCUUUCCAUCACCCUGCCCCAUUCUCCCGCUUUCCAUCACCCCGCCCCAUUCUCCCGCUUUCCAUCACCCCGCCCCAUUCUCUCGCUUUCCAUCACCCCGCCCCAUUCUCCCGCUUUCCAUCACCCCGCCCCAUUCUCCCGCUUUCCAUCACCCCGCCCUAUUCUCCCGCUUUCCAUCACCCCGCCCCAUUGUCCCGCUUUCCAUCACCCCGCCCCAAUCCCCCGCUUUCCAUCACCCGGCCCCAUUCUCCCGCUUUCCAUCACCCCGGCCCAUUCUCCCGCUUUCCAUCACCCCACCCCAUUCUCCCGCUUUCCAUCACCCCGCCGCAUUGUCCCGCUUUCUAUCACCCCGCCCCAUUCUCCCGAUUUCCAUCCCCAUUCUCCCGCUUUCCAUCCCCAUUCUCCCGCUUUCCAUCCCCAUUCUUCCGCUUUCCAUCACCCCGCCCCAAUCUCCCGCUUUCCAUCACCCGGCCCCAUUCUCCCGCUUUCCAUCACCCCGGCCCAUUCUCCCGCUUUCCAUCACCCCACCCCAUUCUUCGCUUUCCAUCACCUCGCCGCAUUGUCCCGCUUUCUAUCACCCCGCCCCAUUCUCCCGAUUUCCAUCCCCAUUCUCCCGCUUUCCAUCCCCAUUCUCCCGCUUUCCAUCCCCAUUCUCCCGCUUUCCAUCCCCAUUCUCCCGCUUUCCAUCACCCCGCCCCAUUCUCCCGCUUUCCAUCACCCCGCCCCAUUCUCCCGCUUUCCAUCACCCCGCCCCAUUCUCCCGCUUUCCACCACCCCGCCCCAUUUUCCCGCUUUUCCAUUCUCCCGCUUUCCAUCACCCCGCCCUAUUCUCCCUCCUUCCAUCACCCCGCCCCAUUCUCCCGCUUUCCAUCACCCCACCCCAUUCUCCCGCUUUCCAUCACCCCGCCCCAUUCUCCCGCUUUCCAUCACCCCGCCCCAUUCUCCCGCUUUCCAUCACCCCGCCCCAUUCUCCCGCUUUUCAUCACCCCGCCCCAUUCUCCCGCUUUACAUCACCCCGCCCCAUUCUCCCGCUUUCCAUCACCCCGCCCCAUUCUCCCGCUUUCCAUCACCCCGCCCCAUUCUCCCUCCUUCCAUCACCCCGCCCCAUUCUCCCGCUUUCCAUCACCCCACCCUAUUCUCCCGAUUUCGAUCACCCCGCCCCAUUCCCCCGCUUUCCGUCACCCCGCCCCAUUCUCCCGCUUUCCAUCACCCCGCCCAAAUCUCCCGCUUUCCAUCACCCCACCCCAUUCUCCCGCUUUCCAUCACCCCGCCCCAUUCUCCCUCCUUCCAUCACCUCGCCCCAUUCUCCCGCUUUCCAUCAUCACGCCCCAUUCUCCCGCUUUCCAUCACCCCUCCCCAUUCUCCCACUUUCCAUCACCCCGCCCCAUUCUCCCGCUGUCCAUCACCCCGCCCCAUUCUCCCGCUUUCCAUCACCCCGCCCCAUUCUCCCGUUUUUGA